AGCGGAGCCGCGGCGCGCUGCCUUGCCCGCCCCGUCCCGACCCGACCCAUGCGCUGAGGGGCGGCGGGAUGGGGCUGCGGGGCGGUGGCGGCCGAGCCGGGGGGCCGGCUCCCGGCUGGACGUGCCUGCUGCUAUGCGCCGCGCUCCGGAGCCUGCUGGCCAGCCCGGGCAGCGAGGUGAAUUUACUGGACUCACGCACAGUAAUGGGGGAUCUAGGAUGGAUAGCCUACCCAAAGAAUGGGUGGGAAGAAAUUGGUGAGGUGGAUGAAAACUAUGCUCCGAUACACACAUACCAAGUAUGCAAGGUAAUGGAACAGAAUCAGAACAACUGGCUUCUGACCAGCUGGAUCUCUAAUGAAGGGGCAUCCCGCAUCUUCAUUGAACUCAAAUUCACCCUGAGGGACUGCAACAGCCUUCCAGGAGGACUUGGGACUUGCAAAGAGACUUUUAACAUGUACUACUUUGAGUCAGAUGAUGAAGAUGGGAGGAACAUCAGAGAGAAUCAGUACAUCAAAAUAGACACCAUUGCUGCUGAUGAGAGCUUCACGGAGUUAGACCUCGGCGACAGAGUUAUGAAGCUGAACACAGAAGUGAGAGAUGUUGGGCCUCUAACAAAAAAAGGAUUUUACCUUGCUUUCCAGGAUGUGGGUGCCUGCAUCGCUCUGGUCUCUGUGCGCGUGUACUACAAGAAAUGCCCAUCGGUGAUCCGCAACCUGGCACGCUUUCCAGAUACCAUCACAGGAGCAGAUUCCUCACAGCUGCUAGAAGUGUCAGGCGUCUGUGUCAACCACUCAGUGACUGAUGAGGCACCAAAGAUGCACUGCAGCGCUGAGGGAGAAUGGCUGGUGCCCAUCGGAAAGUGCUUGUGCAAGGCAGGGUAUGAGGAGAAGAACAACACCUGCCAAGUAUGCAGACCUGGGUUCUUCAAAGCUUCACCCCACAGUCCAUCCUGCAGCAAAUGUCCCCCUCACAGCUACACGCUUGAUGAAGCAUCCACAUCUUGCCUGUGUGAAGAGCACUAUUUUAGGAGGGAAUCAGACCCACCUACAAUGGCCUGUACAAGACCCCCCUCUGCUCCUCGGAGUGCCAUCUCAAAUGUUAACGAGACUAGUGUCUUUCUGGAAUGGAUUCCCCCUGCUGAUACUGGUGGAAGGAAAGAUGUGUCUUAUUAUAUUGCAUGCAAGAAGUGCAACUCACACUCAGGUCUGUGCGAGGCAUGUGGCAGUCAUGUCAGGUACCUCCCCCAGCAAACCGGCCUGAAAAACACCUCUGUCAUGAUGGUGGAUCUGCUUGCUCAUACAAACUAUACCUUUGAAAUUGAGGCAGUGAAUGGAGUGUCCGACCAGAACCCUGGAGCCCGGCAGUUUGUGUCUGUAAAUGUAACCACAAACCAGGCAGCACCUUCUCCAGUCAGUAGUGUGAAAAAAGGGAAGAUAACUAAAAAUAGCAUCUCCCUUUCCUGGCAGGAGCCAGAUCGACCCAACGGCAUCAUCCUGGAAUACGAAAUCAAAUAUUUUGAAAAGGAUCAGGAGACAAGCUACACCAUCAUCAAAUCCAAAGAGACCACGAUUACGGCAGAUGGCUUGAAACCAGGCUCAGCAUACGUCUUCCAGAUCCGUGCCCGGACAGCUGCUGGCUACGGUGGCUUCAGUCGAAGAUUUGAGUUUGAAACCAGCCCAGUGUUAGCUGCAUCCAGUGACCAGAGCCAGAUUCCUAUAAUUGUUGUGUCUGUAACAGUGGGAGUCAUUCUGCUGGCUGUUGUUAUCGGUUUCCUUCUCAGUGGAAGGCGGUGCGGCUACAGCAAGGCUAAACAAGACCCAGAAGAAGAAAAGAUGCAUUUUCAUAAUGGCCACAUUAAACUGCCUGGUGUAAGAACCUACAUUGAUCCCCACACCUACGAGGAUCCUAAUCAAGCUGUCCACGAGUUUGCCAAGGAAAUAGAAGCUUCAUGCAUAACCAUUGAAAGAGUUAUUGGAGCUGGUGAAUUCGGAGAAGUCUGCAGUGGACGGCUGAAACUGCAGGGAAAACGUGAGUUUCCAGUGGCUAUCAAAACCCUGAAGGUGGGCUACACAGAGAAGCAAAGGCGAGAUUUCCUGGGAGAAGCGAGCAUCAUGGGGCAGUUCGACCACCCCAACAUCAUCCACCUGGAAGGUGUUGUCACAAAAAGCAAACCUGUAAUGAUAGUAACAGAAUACAUGGAAAAUGGUUCUCUGGAUACAUUUUUAAAGAAGAACGAUGGGCAGUUCACGGUCAUUCAGCUGGUCGGGAUGCUGCGAGGCAUCGCAUCAGGGAUGAAGUACCUGUCUGACAUGGGUUACGUACACAGAGACCUUGCUGCCAGGAAUAUCCUCAUCAACAGCAACUUAGUCUGCAAGGUGUCCGACUUUGGCCUCUCCAGAGUCCUAGAAGAUGAUCCUGAAGCAGCGUACACUACCAGGGGAGGGAAGAUCCCCAUCCGAUGGACGGCACCUGAAGCAAUCGCCUUCCGCAAAUUCACAUCAGCCAGCGAUGUGUGGAGCUACGGCAUUGUGAUGUGGGAAGUGAUGUCCUAUGGCGAGAGACCUUACUGGGAAAUGACCAACCAAGAUGUGAUUAAAGCCGUGGAGGAAGGCUAUCGCCUGCCAAGUCCCAUGGACUGCCCUGCUGCUCUCUACCAGCUGAUGCUUGACUGCUGGCAGAAGGACCGCAACAGCAGGCCCAAGUUUGAUGAAAUUGUCAGCAUGUUGGACAAGCUCAUCCGUAACCCAAGCAGCUUGAAGACGUUGGUUAAUGCAUCGAGCAGAGUAUCAAAUUUGUUGGUAGAACACAGUCCAGUGGGGAGCGGUGCCUACAGGUCAGUGGGUGAGUGGCUGGAAGCCAUCAAAAUGGGCCGAUACACCGAGAUUUUCAUGGAGAAUGGAUACAGCUCGAUGGAUUCCGUGGCUCAGGUGACCCUGGAGGAUUUGAGGCGGCUGGGAGUGACACUUGUUGGUCACCAGAAGAAGAUAAUGAACAGCCUUCAAGAGAUGAAGGUCCAGUUGGUGAAUGGGAUGGUGCCAUUGUAACUCGGUUUUUAAGUCACUUCCUCGAGUGGUCGGUCCUGCACUUUCUAUAUUAGCUCUGAGAUUUAUUUUGACUAAAGAAGAAAAAAAGGGAAAUUCAGUGGUUUCUGUAACUGAAGGACGCUGGCUUCUGCCACAGCAUUUAUAAAGCAGUGUUUGACUGAAGUUUUCAUUUUCUUCCUAUUUGUGUCCUCAUUUUCAUGAAGUAAAUGUAACAUGCAUGGAACAUGGAAAUGGAUCUACUGUACAUGAGGUUAACCAAUUUCUUGCGCUUCAGCGAUGACAACAGCAAGCCUUCCCACCACGUUGUCUAUACAUGGGAUAUAUAUAUAUAAAGGUGAUAUAUAGAUAUAUAUAUAUAUCUAUAUAUAUAUAUAUCACCUUUAAAUACUGAGUUACAGCAGCAGCACAUGUUAAUACUUCCAAGGACUUACUUGACUAGAGAAGUUUUGCAGCCAUUUGUGGGCUCACACAAGCUGCGGUUUACUGAAGUUUACUUCAAGUCUUACUUGUCUACAGAAGUGUAUUGAAGAGCAAUAUGAUUAGAUUAUUUCUGGAUAGAUAUUUUGUUUUGUAAAUUUAAAAAAUGCUGUUACACAGCAUUAAGUUAUAGAGACUAGUGUAUAAACAUGUUGCUUGCUCAAUGGCAAAUACAAUACAGGGUGUAUAUUUUUUCUCUCUGUGUUACAAAGUUCUUUUAGUUUGCUCUUCUGUGAGGAUAAUACUUUAUGAUGUAUAUACUGUACAGUUUGCUAGACAUCAGGUACAAGAUUGGGGCUUUCUCAAUGUUUUGUUCUUUUUCCCUCUUUUGCUUCAUUUUGUGUUCUUUUUGUGUUAACCAUUAUGCUUUGUAUUUUUGCUGCUGUUUGGUUUGAGCAACGUAUAAAGCUUUCAGGUGUUUUGAUUAUAUAUAUGAGCUGGAAGGAGUCUGCUUAAAUAAAGAACACCUCUGUUGUGGGCUGGGGAUGUCCCGAAGAGGAAAAGUAAAAUGGGAGUUAAAACAUCCAGUUCUCAUCAUCCCUCAGCAGCAUUGCGGCAUCUGUUUUCUUUUGUGUUUGAUAAUUUGCUCCUGGUGUGCCCCUUCCUGGAAAGAGAAGAUGCGUGUGGAAUCCAUCUGCACCAGUGUUUAAACCCAGUACUGUCUCAAGGUAGCCUUUGAGCUGCUCCCUUGCUUUUCUUGCUGUGAACACGCACCCUUCAAGGCCAGGAGAGAAAUCACCAUGUGUUGUUAGCUAAAGAAAGGGAUUUUGCUGUUCUUCUUCUCCUUAUGAGAGUCAAGUCCUGAAGGUGCAAUGUGGAUGCAUCUCCAUUAUCAUCCAGCAUGGAGAUUUCACAGCAUUUUCCAAAACUGUGGCCAGGAAAGUGAGGGAGGAAAUUAUUUUGGGAACUGCACUUUUCCAUAUUGUUCUGUGGGUAUUUUCAGCUUAGACACCCUUCACGUCCCUUGGGAAAGUUGGACAAGUCAGCUGCAAAACACUGAUUCAUCUUACAAAAAUGGGUACAGACCUGGCCACUGUGGGGCAGAGCACAGAGAGGAGCAUAAAAGAGAGCAGCCCAACAUGGUCAUGGCACUGGCGUUCCAUGGUGAAGAUGAUCUGUCUGAAUCUGACGCUGCUUACUUCAGUACUUGGUUGUAAAUCUGGGCCAAUGUGUACACUGCAAUUUGAAGAUGAUAUUUACAGGGGGACCUGAAGGCAGCAGUGAGAUGCUGAGUCCUCAAAAUCUCACCAAGAAACAACUUGGGGCUGUCCUCCUUUAGCUGUAGAUGGGAGUUAUCAGCGCAGUUAAUUCGGUAUUCAUAGGUGGUUUUGUGAAGCUUUGGUAAAGAUAAGGAUUAAAGAAUUGCUCGGCAGAUGGCAAGUGUUUACUGUAGAUAUAUUGCUUCCUUAGAGGUGUUGGAUAGCAUCUUCCUUGAUAAUAACAUCGACGUAUUGACUUACUGUGUUUCCCCUUGUCCCCUGGCACUGCAGAGUAGAGCCUGAGCACCUCCUCUAAUGCCAAAAGGCAGCCAUUUUCCUUCUCCCCUGCACAACCAUGUUUUGAACACCACUCCAGCUGGUUUUAAAAGUCUUUCUUCAAUUUCCUCAAAGCCCUUUGAUGAGAUUUAAUCCAAAUAACAGUUUCUAAAGAAAGGGGGUGGGGGAAGGUGUAGGAAGAGAGGGUUUGCUGUGUUUUUCUUUUUCUUUCUCAGCAGCAGGGCUCGCUUUCUUUCAGUGGGGCUUCUUGAAGCAAAAUUUGUCCAUUUUGAAACAGCCUGCAUGCUUAGUGAUGUCCAGUUCUCCUCGGAGAACUGCUCUUUUUCUGAGGCACAGGCAAGGUCUAAAAGAGCAGAAGUAGGUAUGUGGGAGGGCAGAGCACAUGCUUGCCACUCUCACUCUGCUGCCUCGGCACUUGCUGCUCAUGGGAACAUUGAGCUCGCCUAGCAGCACAAGAAACGGGACGGAGCUGAGUUGCACACAGCCAGGCAUUAGGGGAAGGUCUGACAAACCUUGAUUGUGUGAUUUCUCAUCCUGUUGCUUCAUUUUGUCAGCCACCAGGCCACAAAAGGUGGGGGAGAGGGAAUCAAGACAUAACAAUUUCGGCACAUAGCAGAGAUUUGUCAAAUAAUAAAUAACAUUAUUAGGGCUGUCAGCAGAGCUGUCUUGGGAUUAUUUGUGCCUCUCUGCCUGUAGCACUUUGUAAAAUAACCUGUAGGAAGACAGAAACAACAACUCAUUUCUUUGGGAAGUAUCGUUCAGUUUCCACACGCAUCCAUCAGCUGCACCGAGAGAGAUUUUAGUAGCAAAUUUCAGCACUUAGCCUUUCUGCUCAUUUUCUUUGGUCGUUCAUUAAUUGCUGGCUCUGUGUAAGGAUUUGGUUUGUUCUUUUUUCCAUAUUUCUACAAGAAAAUCCCAUCGCCGUUUGUGGGGUUUUAAAGGCAUACACUGUGCUGCUGGGGUGCACCGCAUGGAGGUGAGAAUGAUGUUCCUGAUACACUGUAGUAACUGCCAGAUACUGGAGCAGUCUUCAGAAUACUCUUCAGAGGGACCUGUGGAAAAUGAACUGUUCUUAAAGCAGACUGCAUCUGUAAUUAGGGUACCUACUCUCAGUUCCCUGAAUAAAUAAAUAAAUGGUCUUUUAUAUUUAUUUCAAGA